AUGAAGGCGGCUAGGGCCAGGACGCCGCGGAGGCCGAGGAAAGCCACGAACCCCACGCAGAAGGACCCGGUGGGGGUGUACUGCCGCGUGCGGCCGCUCAGCCGUGCGGACCAGGAGUGCUGCAUCGAGGUGAUCAACGGCACCACGGUGCAGAUCCACCCUCCCGAGGGCUACCGCGUGUUCCGCAAUGGCGAGUACCGCGAGACCCAGUAUUCCUUCAAGGAGGUGUUUGGCACGCUGGUGGCACAGAAGGAGCUCUUUGACGUGGUGGCCAAGCCUCUGGUGGAGGAUCUGAUCCGAGGCAAGAACGGUUUGCUGUUCACCUAUGGAGUGACGGGCAGUGGGAAGACCCACACCAUGACAGGAUCUCCUGGGGAUGGGGGGCUCCUGCCCCGCUGCCUGGCCAUGAUCUUCAACAGCAUCGGCCCCUUCCAGGCCAAGAGAUUCGUUUUCAAGCUGGAUGACAAGAACGGGGUGGAUGUGCAGAGCGAGGUGGAGGCUCUGCUGGAACGUCAGAGGAGAGAGGCCCUGCCCACCCCAAAAACUCCAGCUGGGAAGAGACAGCUGGAUCCCGAGUUUGCCGACAUGAUCAACGUGCAGGAUCACUGCCGGGCGGAGGAGGUGGACGAGGACAACGUCUACGGCGUCUUUGUCUCCUACAUCGAGAUCUACAACAACUACAUCUACGACCUGCUGGAGGAGGCUCCCUGCGACUCCAUCAAACCCAAGUGGAACAAUUGCAACACUCCUGUGAGAAAUGGAGACUUUGUACCUCCCCAGUCCAAAAUCCUUCGGGAAGACCAGAACCACAACAUGUAUGUGACGGGCUGCACCGAAGUGGAGGUCAAAUCCACAGAGGAAGCUUUUGAAGUCUUUUGGAGAGGGCAGAAGAAGCGACGCAUCGCCAACACGCAGCUGAACCGGGAAUCCAGCCGCUCCCACUCCGUGUUCAUCAUCAAGCUGGCACAGGCUCCUCUGGAUGCUGAUGGGGACAAUGUCCUCCAGGAAAAGGAGCAGAUCACCCUGAGCCAGCUGUCCCUGGUGGAUCUGGCGGGAAGUGAGAGAACCAACAGGACCAAAGCUGAGGGAAACAGACUGCGGGAGGCAGGGAAUAUCAACCAGUCUUUGAUGACAUUGAGGACGUGCAUCGAGGUUCUGCGGGAAAACCAAUUGUACGGAACAAACAAGAUGGUUCCAUACAGAGAUUCCAAGCUGACUCAUCUCUUCAAGAACUAUUUUGAUGGAGAAGGGAAAGUUCGGAUGAUUGUGUGUGUGAAUCCCAAAGCUGAGGACUACGAGGAAAGCCUGCAAGUGAUGCGUUUUGCAGAGAUGACCCAGGAGGUGGAGGUGGCCAGGCCCCUGGACCGGCCCCUGUGCGGGCUGACGCCGGGGCGGCGCCUCCGCAACCAGGCGGGCGGCCCCGUGGGAGCAGAGGAGCCAUCUGCUGCUGAGCUCUUCUUCCAGAGCUUCCCUCCCCUGCCUUCCUGUGAGCUCUUGGACAUCAACGAUGACCAAACACUCCCAAAACUGAUCGAGGCCCUGGAGCAGCGCCACAAAAUGAGGCAGAUGCUGACAGAGGAAUUUGCCAAAAGUGUUCUUGCCUUUAAAACAAUGCUGCAAGAAUUUGACUCCAGUGUUGCAUCCAAGGAAAAUUAUGUCCAAGGAAAACUGGCUGAGAAGGAGAAAACCAUAACAGGGCAGAAGACGGAGCUGGAACGGCUGGAGAAGAAGAUUAAAACCUUGGAGUACAAGAUUGAGAUUUUGGAGAAGACAGCCACGAUUUACGAGGAGGACAAGAGGAACCUGCAGCAGGAGCUGGAGAGCAAGAGCCAGAAGCUGCAGCGGCAGGCGUCGGACAAGAGGAGGCUGGAGGCCAGGCUGCAGGGAAUGGUGGCUGAGACCUCCCUCAAGUGGGAGAAGGAAUGUGAGCGACGCGUGGCAGCCAAGCAGCUGGAGAUGCAGAACAAGCUGUGGGUGAAGGACGAGAAGCUGAAGCAGCUCAAGGCCAUCGUCACCGAGCCCAGAGCCGAGAGGCCGGAGAGGCCAUCCCGGGAAAGGGAGCGGGAAAAGCCUCUCCCGAGAUCCGUGUCUCCCUCCCCUGCUCCCGUGAGUCACUCCCAAACCUGCUGCGUUUAGGAAACAGCGUUUUUGGGGUUAAGUGCAGGGAUUUUAGUCAUUAGUAGCCCCCAAGCGCACAGGCGCUCCAACUCUUGCAGCAGCAUCUCUGUGGCCUCCUGUGUGCUGGAGUGGGAGCAGAGGGGCCCUUCCUGCGAGCCAGCCAGCAUUCCCAAGCCCAGGAAUAAAGCUGGAGCAGAGCCAGGCUCGGCCUGGCCCAGCCCUGCCAGGAGGAGAGGGAUGUGCUGGAGCCGAGCGCUGGAGGUGCCCAGGGAUAGAGAGGAGCUAGAGCAGGAAGAGGAUCCGUGCUGCAGGGUUAGUCCUGGCCUAAGCGCUCCGGUGGCGCCGCUGCGGGCGCGGCGUUCCCGCAGUGCCGGGGAGCGCUGGGUGGAUCACCGGCCGCCGUCCCACGUGCCCACGGAGACGCUGCUGCAGCCGCGCGUGCCCAGGGCCAUCACCGUGGACGCCCCCAGCGAGCGCGCCCUGGCCCGCUGCGACCGCUACCUGCUGACCCACCAGGAGCUCGCCUCCGACGGGGAGAUCCAGACCAAGCUCAUCAAGGGGGACGUGUUCAAGACCAGGGGUGGUGGCCAGGCCGUGCAGUUCACGGACAUUGAGACCCUCAAGCAGGAAUCUCCCACCGGGCGGAAGCGCCGCUCGUCACCUCCCGAUCCCGACCCUGCCGGGGACGCCGCGGACUCGGAAUGGACGGAUGUGGAAACCAGGUGUUCCGUGGCCGUGGAGAUGAGGGCGGGAUCGGCGCUGGGACCGGGAUUCCAGCACCACGCCCAGCCCAAGCGCAGGAAGCCCUGAACUUUUCCUGCUGGAAUCCCGGAUUUUCCCAGCCUGAGGAAUGCUCUGCUGCCACUGCUCCUCAGGAACUGCUUUGUGCUCAUUCCCAGAGGUUUUUAGGGAAGCUGGGAAAUGGCUCCAUUGGUCAUCCCAAAGAACUUCUGGAUGGAUCUGUCCUUUUCCAUAGAUUUAGGGAAAUCCUCAAGGUCCCUCUGGAAUUUCGAACGGAGCUGGAUCCUUACAGACAGUGCCAGCAGGCUUUUCCUUGGGAGAUUUUUCCAGUGUUUUCCCAGUUUUUAAAUCCCAAAUCCAUUUUUUCUGGUCAUUCCCACUCUUUUGGGAGACCCAACCGCUGCUAUUCCGAGCUGCAGUCCAGCACUUUAAGGGUGUUUUUGGCCGUUCCCGAUUUUACUGGAAGCAGGAAAACCUUGGGAAUUCAGAUUUCUUCUGGCAAGAAUUAAUUUGGAGUAUUUAAGUGUGUCACUGAGCUGUCAGAACAUUCCAGAGCCACCCA